AUGUUUCCUCAACUCUUUCUACGUUCAGUCAGCAGCUUUUCUACCAUUGCAGUUGAUUUCCUUUCUAUGAUAUUAUGCCGGAUCCCAGUUUUGAAGAAGUACAUGGAGCAGACUCAUCAGAAAACAGUGAUCUUUAGUCAGGGGAAGACUCUUCCAUGCAUUGCACCGCUUCUAACCACAGUGGAAGAGACUCUGGAGGUCGUCUCAGCUCGAGUCCAGGGACAUUUUCCUGAGUGGCUCAAUGGCUAUCUACUUCGUGUUGGACCUGGGAAAUUCGAGUUUGGGAAGGAUAAGUACAAUCACUGGUUUGAUGGAAUGGCUUUACUUCACCAGUUCAAGAUGGAGAAGGGCACAGUGACAUAUAGGAGCAAGUUUCUACAGAGUGAUGCAUAUAAGGCCAACAGUGAUCGUGAUCGAAUUGUGAUCUCAGAAUUUGGUACACUGGCUCUCCCUGACCCAUGCAAGAAUGUUUUUGAACGUUUCAUGUCAAAAUUUGAAAAGCCUGGUAAGCACCCUUUAUUAUGCCCAGAAUUUUCAGCAAUUACUGACAACACCAAUGUCAACUUUGUGCAGUACAAGGGUGAUUACUACCUUAGUACGGAAACCAACUUUAUGAAUAAAGUGGACAUUGAAACCCUGGAAAAAACAGAAAAGGUUAACUGGAGAAAAUUUAUCGCUGUGAACGGAGCAACUGCACAUCCUCAUUAUGAUCCAGAUGGAACAACAUACAACAUGGGGAACUCCUAUGGGAAACAUGGUUCCUGCUAUAAUGUUAUUCGGGUUCCUCCAGAAAAAUCUGACCUUGGGGAGACAAUCCAUGGAGCCCAGGUGAUAUGUUCUAUUGCUUCUGAGGAGGGGAUGAGACCUUCUUACUACCACAGCUUUGGAAUGACAAGGAACUACAUCAUCUUCAUUGAACAGCCUCUAAAGAUGAAUUUGUGGAGAAUCAUCUCUUCUAAAAUUCGAGGAAAGCCCUUUUCAGAUGGAAUAAGCUGGGAACCCCAGUAUAAUACACGGUUUCAUGUGGUGGAUAAGCAUACUGGUCAGCUUCUUCCAGGAAUGUACUUCAGUAAACCUUUUAUUACUUUUCACCAAAUCAAUGCCUUUGAGGACCAGGGCUGUGUCAUCAUUGAUUUGUGCUGUCAGGAUGAUGGAAGAAUUUUAGAAGUCUACCAACUACAGAAUCUUAGGAAAACUGGGAAAGAGCUUGAUCAGGUCUAUAAUUCAAUAGCCAGAUUUUCCCCUCGAAGGUUUGUUUUGCCCUUACAUGUCAAUUUGAAUGCCCCUGAGGGAGAGAACCUCAGCCCGUUGCCCUAUUCUUCAGCCAGUGCUGUGAAACAGGCUGAUGGAAAGAUUUGGUGCUCUUAUGAAAAUCUAUGUCCUGAGGCCCUAGAAGAGGAAGGAGGUAUUGAAUUUCCCCAGAUCAACUAUGGCCAAUUCAGUGGCAAAAAGUAUCAGUUCUUCUAUGGCUGCGGCUUUCGGCAUUUGGUGGGUGAUUCUCUGAUCAAGGUUGACGUGGUGAACAAGACGCUGACGGUUUGGAGAGAAGAUGGCUUUUAUCCCUCAGAACCUGUUUUUGUUCCAGUACCAGGAGCCAAUAAAGAAGAUGAUGGGGUCAUUCUUUCUGUGGUGAUCACCCCUAACCAGAAUGAAAGAAAUUUUCUCCUUGUCUUGGAUGCCAAGAACUUUGAAGAACUGGGCCGAGCCGAAGUGCCUGUGCAAAUGCCGUAUGGAUUCCACGGCACCUUCGUGACCAUCUGAUGGAAUGCCCAC